UAGAUUUUGUUUAAAUAAAAUAACACAUUUGAAAAAUAAUAACCUGUUUUUUCAUCAUACUUUCAAGUCAAUAAAUAUUCAAAUUAAGGCCGCCGCUUUUUAUAUUCAGUGUGAUGUCAAUUUUGCUGAAAAAGCCGUUAUGUAAUAAAUGUACACUGAAAAUGGAACAGAAUCAAUAGCUGGACAUUCAAUCUUUUUUCUAAGAUCUUCAGUCUGCAAAAAAUGUUUGUCAAGGAAACAAAAUGUUUAAUUCGAUGGAAAAAGCAAAGAAUAUUUCUUAGGUCAUUAUCAGCUCUGCCAAAGAAACAUUUGCCAGACAGUGUUUGUACUCAAAGUUACAUAUCCAGCAAGGAUGAGAAAUUGAUACUUGCUCUGAAGAAGGUCAGCACACCAGAGGCUGCCUUUGAACUAAACGAAAAACAAAUGAAAGUUGAAAAACAAGUUAACAGGCUUAUUACAUUAUCAAAAUUUCAGGGAUUGUAUAAACCAGGGAUCCAGUCAGCAUUGAAAAACAAAAUGAAGUUGAAUGAAAUUAAGUGUACAUUUACAUUUAUUCUGAGAAAUUCUGUGGUACAUAAUCCAUUAUCUGUGAUAUUUAGGGGAUUUUCAAAGCAGGCUGCUACUGUUUCGUCUAGUCGUCAUUACUCUCAGCAGUCUGAUUCUGGUGCCGAUAUGUCAAGUGUCGGAACACAACAAUCAGAAGAAACUGAUAUAGAAUCAUGGGAGAUGCUUGUUGAUUAUGAUAAAUUAACGUCCACAGAGAAGAAGAUUCAUGAACGACACAGGAAUGCUGUCAAGAAGCAACAGUUUAUGUAUGUGUGUACAUGA